AUGGAAUACAUAAAAAUUGCCAAUGUCGACGAUGUUAUACUACACAGAAGAGGAAUAUCCGCGAAAGGAACACUGCAUUUGACAACACAUCAUAUGAUCUUUAGCUCCGCGAUGUUAGCGCGUGAGUUUUGGUUUGCUUACCCAACCAUAGGAGCAGCAUUCAAAAACCGGGGCAGCGCCCUAAUAUCCAAGUCCAAGGAUCACAAUGAGCGCCAAGACCCACUCUACAGUGGGAUGGAUAUUUGGUCUUUUUGUAACAUUAAAAUUGUGGGGAAAGACUACACAGUAUUCUCCCUUGACUUCCAAGACGAGCGAAUGGCGCAGGACGUCUAUGACUCGGUUCUGAAGCUCACUGUUUUGCAAGAGGAAACACAACUUUACGCAUUUAUCUACACACCCAACAAGGCAGAAAAACCGUUCAAUAGCUGGAACAUCUACGACCCUGUAAGAGAAUUUCAUCGACAGGGAUUGGCACUCGACCACGCAUGUCCCUGGCGACUGUCAGACAUCAAUAAAGACUACAACUUUUGCAAGACCUAUCCGCAUGUCCUGGUUGUCCCACGCGCUAUUUCAGACACCCUCCUCACGCAUGCCAGCCGGUACAGAUCCCAAAACAGGUUGCCAGCAUUGACCUUCUAUUAUCGCAAAACUAACUCUUCUAUCACAAGAUGCGCCCAGCCCCUUCCCGGAUUAAUUCAGCAGCGCUCUAUUCAGGAUGAGAAACUCGUCAACGAGAUCUUUGGGUGCUCCGUACCAGCAGGUAAUGAAAUCCCUAGGGCUGUGAAAAAUAUUGUUGUGGACGCAAGGCCCGCUACUAAUGCUAUGGCACAGACCGCCUUAGGUGGUGGUACUGAGAAUAUGGACAACUAUAACUUCGGUGGAACCGCCAGCAGGAUGUUCCUAGGCAUAGACAACAUUCACAUAAUGAGAGAUUCUCUCAACAACGUUGUCGAUAAUCAUCUGGUAGAUAAUGAUCUGAACCUACCCAUAGAUAGAGGUUCUCUGAACGACGGCAAGUGCGCGCAAUGGCUCAAGUAUAUCCGGACAUUAUUAUCAUCUACUGAGACUCUGGUUAAAUCAAUACUUUUCAACCAAUCGAAUAUUCUGAUUCACUGCUCAGAUGGCUGGGAUAGGACCACACAAGUGUGCUCGCUGGUUCAGCUGUGCUUGGAUCCUUAUUUUAGAACUCUAGAAGGGUUUAUGGUUUUAAUAGAGAAAGACUGGGUGUCGUUUGGCCAUCGAUUCGCUGAGCGGAGCGGUCAUUUGAGCUCAAAGAAUACUUUCCAUGAUAACUCAAUGAGAAUCAGUAUAUCCGAGGCAGCAACUACGAUGACCCAGGGGAUAGACCUGAACUCGCGCCUUUUUGGGUUCUCUAACUCGAAUAAUGGAAGUCCUCAGGAAAAAACAGAAGCUUCCACGGGCGAACUCUCAGAUUUGAGUUUUUCUUCGCAACUUCCGUCAUCAUCUGAACUGAUGCACAAAGUUUCUAGAAGAGUGGCCAACAGAAAGUCAUCUAACACUUCUCCAAUCUUCCAACAAUUCCUCGAUUGCGUCCACCAACUACAAAGGCAGAAUCCCAGUCAGUUUGAGUUCAAUGAGCGUUUCUUAAGACGGCUGGUCUACCACCUGUACUCUUGUCAGUAUGGAACUUUCUUGUUCAAUUCAGAACAAGAGCGUGUCGCACACGAUGCUCAAAAUAAAACAAGAAGCGUUUGGGAUUAUUUCAGGUCCCGGCCAGCUGAGUUUCUAAAUGCAUCGUAUGCACCAACUAGUCCUUCGGACGACGACUGGAUAUUACCGGACCUGAAAGACGUGAAGUGGUGGUGGCAGCUUUUCGGAAGGAAAAACGAGGAGAUGAACGGCACCAGCAAACCUUCUGAGGACAGACCGUGCUCUUCAGAAGAGGGCAAGAAGACCGGCUUAAAAUUUCCCUCACUCAGGCUAGACAUCUUUAAUAGAGGCAAUAACAGGUAG